AUUUGAUUUCACAAACUAAACAAAGGACUCUUGUGCAUCAUUAAUUGUGCAUAAAAAAAGCAAAUAAAUUAAAUACAAUAAAAAAAAGCAGCUGCAUUAAAAGCCACUAACAGUGACAGCCGCUUUUAAACAUGUCUACUCUGUUGAAUUUUUCCCUGACAAUGCUGCUGUUUACCCUGCUUACACUCAGAGAAAAUGCGGCUUAUCCCUACUCUUACAACAUUCCCAUGUCCAAUAGGGCGGAUGUUGCCAAUACUGCCACGACCCCACAACUGAUUAGCAAGCUGUUGGUGCAAUCCCCCGCACUGGAUAAUGUGUAUAUGGAUUAUUUGGUAACCUCGAAGCCACUCAACCUGCGUAAAUACAACAACAAAACAAAGAAAACCAAAAAGGACUCGAAAAUUUACUUUAUACCUAUACCUCCACUGCCAUAUCGCUAUAUUCCUGGCAUCGGUUACGAUUAUCAGCCCAUGAAAAUUAAGCCCAUUGUACAAGAGUCGACAACGGAGAAGCCUCACCAUGGGAAUGGAAACCGCAUAACCGUUCCCACGACAGGCAUUCCCUCGACUCCAAUGCCGGCACAGAGUAAACUGUUCCAUGUCCAACAUCACAAGGAGUACUACUUCAAUGGACGUCCCUUCCGACUACAGGCGGCGCAUGCCGGUCGAAAAUCCUCACUGACGCCACUUAAUCUCAAAUCAAGAUUUUACUACAAUAAAAAUAUUAUUUAUUGAUUAUUUG